UGAAAUGACCUGUUUUUCUCAGUUUCUUAAGGUUAAAGAGUGCUUUUCCAAAGGUAACUUCCAUUUACCAUUGGGUCCCCUAGAAGCCCUCUUGGAGGUUUAUGAUAAAGAAAAAUGUUGCUUUCGACUUGGAAAAGAGGUUAAGGAUUUUCUUUUAGAUAUGGGAUUAGAGGAUAUCUACUUCAUCACUGGACUUCCCAUAGAUGGGAUCCAGGUGUCUGGUUAUGUUACUUAUGAGGCUGUGGACUUAGUCAUGAAGCAUUUAAAUUUGAAGGAUUAUCAAGCAAGAGAUUUGCUCAUAAAAGGUAUUUGCAUUAGAGCGGUUCCCCUUCAUAAGGAACGCAUUUGUUUUACCACCUAUACAACCCCUGUUUUUGACCUGGAUAGAUGUGGUGUACACAAACUUCAAAAACAAACACACAAAAACAAAAGUGGAAGAUUACAUUAAAUUGUUUUCCCGGAUGAAGGAGGAGGAUGUUACUUGGAACCCAUAUGAGAGGCUGGCGCUCUCUCAGGAUGAUGUGAAUCAGUUGCGUGCGAAGUAUGCCAUGGUGCU